UAACGCAAGAUUGAAAAGGGAAAACCCUAAAAGCAGUUUAUCAAAUCUGUGUUGUAAUUCGACGAGGGCAUUUAUAUACAGAUUCGCAAUCAAAUACCCAGUUCAAGCUGAAAAUUUGAAACAAUUCGUGAGUACUUUCUUGCUUUUCUUCUUCUUUUUUUUUCUUAAUUUUUAUUUGAUUUGGCCAUGUUUCCUUUGUGCUGCAAAAGACUGCAAUUUCAACUAGUCCCAAAUUGGAGAAAUGUGGCAUGCUCGUCGAUCCAUUUGAGUUUUGUUUUGCAGAAUACAUCACUUUUUUCUAAAUCUUUCUCAUCGGUUGAAGUUGUGGCACAUGAUAGAGAAAAACAACAUUCAUUCACAGUGUCUUAUUUCAUAAACUCAUGUGGGUUGUCCCCAGAAAUUGCUACUUCUUUAUCAAAGAAAGUAGCUUUUGAAACCCCAGAAAAGCCAGAUUCUGUACUUGGCUUUCUCAGGAAAAAUGGGUUUACCAAUGCGCACAUAUCCAAACUAGUUAAAAAAAAACCGAAAUUGCUUGUAGGCAGGGUUGAGGAAACUCUUUUACCCAAGCUUGAGUUUUUCCAUUCCGUGGGGAUUUCUAGUGCUGACCUUGCGAUUGUACUGUCCUCAAACCCUACUAUUUUGUGCCAGAGCUUAGAGAAACAAAUUAUUCCUAAUUACAAUUUCCUCAAGAGUUUGGUUUCCAACAAUGAAAAAAUUGUCAAUAUUUAUAAGUGGGUAUAUUGUUUGCAUGAUGUGCAAAAGAAAGUUGUACCCAAUAUUUCUGCCUUGAAAGGAAUUGGAGUGACACAAUCAGGUAUUUCAACUUUGGUCACCUCAAAUCCCGGUGUAUUGUGUGAAAGUUCUGAAAAGUUUGAUAAAAGUGUCAAGAAGGUUAUCGACAUGGGAUUCAAUCCUUCAACCAGUGCAUUUAUUGAUGCACUUGUAGCAGUUACGACCAUGACUGACAAUUCCUGGGAACAAAAACUGAAGGUUUACAGGAGUUGUGGUUGGUCUGAGAAUGACUUCCGGUUAGCUUUUAGAAGCCAUCCCAGAUGUAUGACUCUGUCUGUGGAGAAUAUAAAUACCAAAAUGGACUUUUAUGUGAACAAGAUGGGUUGGCAACCUUCAGCAAUUGCUAGAGCACCUAUGGCUUUAGCUUAUAGUUUGGAGAAGAGAAUCAUCCCGAGAUGCAGGGUUUUAUGGGUUUUGUUGUUGAACAACUUGAUUAAGAAAAAAUUCGGUUUGUCUUAUGUGCUGAGUUCCUCUGAAAAGCGCUUCGCAGACAAUUUCUUGUCCAAGUAUCAGGAACAGGUUCCACAACUAUUUGAUAUAUAUCAAGGGAAAGUUGAUCUUUCAGAACUGGGCAUUGGAUUUUAGCAAAAACCUGAGACAAACCAACUGUAGCUUGUUAUUUGUUGGUUUUUUUCUUUUUAUUGUUGCUUGUUAAUGUGAGUGCCUUUGGCCCUGAACUUAUUCAGCUCUGAAUACAGCCUAGAGCUUCUUGUAUCAGUUCUCAUUGUUUAAUUGGACAAACUGAAAUGAAUGAAGUUGAUGAAAACACACAGGAGGAAGUAAUGAUUAAAUCAUGUUAUACAAAUCUCAGAAAUGUGGGUUCAUCCAUGCGAUGAAGGUGUUUGUUGUAAUGAGUCAAUGAACUCUGGAACAGAAAUUGGACGUUUUCAGGGGGUGGAUGGUCUGAUGAGGACAUUAUGUUGGUUUUCAGAAAAUGGCCCAAUUUUAUGAAUGCCUCUGAAAUCAAAAUAAUGAAUGUAAUGGAUUUUCUUGUGAACAAGAUGGGUUGGCAGUCCACAGAUAUUGCCUUGUCUCCAGACGUUUUCCUAAUGAGUUUGGAAAAGAGGGUAAUCCGAAGGUGUUUGGUUAUUAAAGUUCUGCAAUCAAAGGGGUUGGUGAAAAAAAAAUUUGAGCCUAAGUUCAUGUGUAAAACCUGCUGAGAAGCUAUUCUUGGAUAGGUUUGUGAGAAAAUACUUGGACCAGGUUUUUGAAUUUGAUUAAUAUCUAUCAAAGGAAGGAAGGCUUUCAGGCUCUGGAUAUGAAUAUUUGUGUUUCUUCCAGCAAACUGUAGCAUGUCAACUUUCCAAGCCUAAAACGAUUGUAUAAUCUCUAAUUGGUGAUUAGUACAUUUCAACUUUUUAGUUUAUUGAACAAUGUUGAAUUACUUUAGUUAGUUCUGCAGAGC